AUGAAUCUACUCAAAAAAGCAACUACUGUUAUAUGUUCUGUUCAAGAACAUUAAGAAGUUGAUUAAAAGAUUAUCCAUCUAUGUAUUGACUCUAAAUGUUAGAUUUCUAAAAAAGCAUUAUGUGGUCUAUGUCUAGGAGAAGAACAUUAUGGUCAUAAAUCAAUUAAUCUCUCUACAUUAGACACUCUAAUAAAAAACGAAUGGACUCGUGAAAUAAAACAAUAUAAUCAAAAGAAUAAAGAUUUAACAGAUUCUAUUUAGAUGAGCAUAAAUGCAAUUCUGAACAAAGUUAAACUACUUUAAGAUUAGAUAUCAUAAUUUGUUAAUUAGGAUAUGUAGGAGAGUAAAGUAGGGAUUUUAAAACGUAAAUAUAUUGAUUAGCCAAAUCUAACUGAAAAAGAUUAUGAAUAAUUAGCAAAAGAUGUUUGUGAUAUUAUACAUUAUAAUAAUGGUGUUCCAGAUUUUAAACCAAUUGAUUAUGAACCAAAUGAUAAAUUCUAGAGUCUUGCAUAAAAGUUAAUUUUAGAUGCAGCACUCUUUUGCAAAGAUAUUUCACUUGUUACAAAAUCUAGUAUAGUUCAUUAAAGUUUUGCAGAACAAAUACAAGAUUUGUUAUAUUAGAUUAAUAGUAUAACUAAUUUAAUUGAGAAACCAUUAAGUUAUUUGAUGUAAAGUCGUCGACUCUUUCCUAAUGAUAAAAGUGAAACAUAAUCAAUGCAAAGAAUAGAUUUUGAUUAAUAGAGUGUAUUUGGUACAAUAAAUUAAUCACCCUUUUGCAUUUAGAAAUAAGUCAAGUUCAAGACUUUAGAAAUGAAAGGUUUUACUAAGAUCUAUGAAGAGUUAUUCAAUAAACCAUUUACUUAAACACAUAUUGAAUUAAUUAAAUAAAGAUGUACUCCUUAAUCUUAAAUCUGUAUUGGUGGAGUAAGUGUUAAUGAUCCUGAUUAAUUUAUAUUAUGUGCAACUGAUUAUGCAUCAGAAUUUUAUACAGAAACCUAAGAUUUAAAGUUGGCAAGAAGGAGUCGUAAUGGAGAAUUAUAUUGGUAUUAUGUUAGAAAUCGUUGUAUUGGCUUUAGUCCGAUGAGUAAGGUAGAUUUAAAAUAUCCAGAUGUUGAUAAUGAGGAAGGUGAUUUAAGGUUCUCUUUGUGGCUCUUUCAUGGAUAAGGUGGUUAUAGAAUUGGAAGAUUAGAAAGUUUAGAGUAAAGUGUUGAAUAUAAAUGUGUGAUUUAUUUAAAGAAAUGA